UGGUUCGAGUGGCACUUCGACCUCCGACGCGAUUAUAAAGGCAGUUGCACCCCAGCUCUUUUUUCAAUCUUCGCCUGCUCGACCACUUUCUUCGCCACGCAGAACUUCUGUUUGCUUUUGUUCUCGGGCCACUAGCCUCGCUGUCCAUUGCCCAUACCACAGAGCCAUGGUCACCUGCCCUAUGGAAUGCGACUGGAAUACCACGUUAGUGAAUCCGGAAGACGAUCACCGCACGGUCGUGGCAUCCCCCACCAAAUGGAGCGACGAGUCGGACUCGUGGUUCGACGAUGAGCAAGAAUUUGAUGCGGACGCCCUUGCAAAUGCAGAAGAUAAAACGUUCACGGACAGCGGUUCCGUACGUCAGCUCGCCAAUCAGUGUCCGUUUUAUUCUGUGCACUUACCAACGCGUACAGGGUUCGGUCGACGGGGACCAUCGCCCUCUGUGGCCAUUCUACGAUCCAAACUGGCCUUCAAGUUUCGAGGAGAGGCUCUCGGACUGGAAGAGCCGGACUGACAGUGACGGAAACUAUGUGAGCAAGUGGUUCGUGGUGAGUUCCUGUGGCGCACAUGAUUCUUGCAUAAACGGAUAAUUCAUACAUCCUCCCAGCUGCACCAAAC